UUCAUGAUCUGAGAGCACGCUGGAGGGAUCACGACUCACUGUGUUACAUUGUCUUCUGUCAUCUGAGAUACCGAUGACUACAGAAAACACACAGAUAGCUUAUUCAUAACCGGUGAUGGACUGGGACACGGGAUCAAAUAUACGGAAUAGCACGUGAAUUCCUGCGUGGAUUUGCACAAAUGAAGCCUGCGUGAAGAGUGUGGAUCUUACCACAGCAUCUCUGGAUUUUAUUCUGCAGUUUAUUCGGAGGAUAGUCCUCUUAAACGGAUUUCUUAAUUUUAUUGUAAUUUUUUUAUUUCAUUAUUUUGGAGACGUUGCAAUCAUUUGGUAAUGAAUGAGGAUGAUGUAGGACAAGUGUUUUACAGUAAACUCAAUACAGGUCUUCCAGCACUGUCCUGAGAUGUUUGUCGUGUUUUGGUCAGAUGUGAUAGUCCAGCUCUUGUAAGGUUUGAACAGCUCGAGCUCGAACCCACUGCGUCGCUCAUGUGGGGGUUUGACGCGCAGCGCGCAACAGGAGCGUCAGUGGGAGACGCGUCGCUAUUAUCAGUGUCAUGAUAUCGAUCAUUGAUCAUGGCCAGAAACAGCUCUCUGUACUUUCGCAUCGUGGAAGGAAGAAAUCUGCCCGCUAAAGAUGUUUCUGGGACCAGUGAUCCGUACUGUCUCAUCAAAGUUGACAAUGAAGUUAUGGCCAGGACAGCGACCAUCUGGAAGAACCUGAAUCCGUUCUGGGGGGAAGAAUAUUCCUUUCAUCUGCCCUCCGGCUUCCACUCGCUCACCUUCUAUGUGAUGGACGAGGACACCAUUGGUCAUGAUGAUGUGAUCGGGAAAAUCUCUCUGAGUAAAGAAGUGAUCGCCGCUCAAGCUAAAGGUUUAGAUAACUGGUUGAAUCUGACUCGUGUUGAUCCGGAUGAAGAGAUCCAGGGCGAGAUUCAUCUGUCUCUGGAGCUGCACAGACAUGUUGACAGAACCCGUGUGAAGUGUCACGUCAUCGAGGCUCGAGAUUUGGCUCCACGUGAUAUUUCCGGGACAUCUGAUCCAUUCACAAGAAUCAUCUACAGCAAUCUCAGCGUUGAGACAUCGAUCAUCAAGAAAACACGCUUCCCGCACUGGGAUGAACAUCUGGAGUUGUGUUUGAAUGAAGGUGGAGAUGAUGCCGAUGGAAACAUCACGGUGGAGGUCUGGGACUGGGAUAUGGUGGGCAAGAAUGAUUUCCUGGGGAAGGUGGAGAUUCCUCUCUCGUGUUUGUCCAGAAGUCCUGUACUGAAGCGAUGGUUUCGCCUGCAGCCGCUGGGAAACACGGAGGAUGACGCUGGGGGGAAGCUGGGUGCGUUACGUCUGAAGGUGCGUUUGGUGGAGGAGAGAAUUCUUCCCUCGGUGUAUUAUCAGACUCUGAUGCAUCUGCUGGUGGAGACCGUCAUUUCUCCAGCUGAGGUGGAUGAGCCCACGCCUCUGACUUUACUGGAGGAGAUCACAACAGGAGAGAGCCGUCAGGACAUCGCCAUGACCCUGGUGAAGAUUUACCUCGGCCAAGGUCUCAUCGUGCCAUUCCUGGAUUAUCUCAACACCCGAGAAGUCCACAACACCACAGAUCCAAACACACUGUUCCGCUCAAACUCACUGGCCUCUAAAGCAAUGGAGCAGUUCAUGAAGGCUGUGGGGAUGCUGUACUUACAUGAAGUUCUGAAGCCCAUCAUCAAUCGCAUCUUUGAGGAGAAGAAAUACAUCGAACUCGAUCCGUGUAAGAUAGACCUCAGCCGCUCCAGACGGAUCUCUUUCAAAGGUUCAGUGACUGAUGCUGAGAUCCGGCAGAGCAGUGUGGGUCUGUUACAGACGUAUCUGAGCAUCAUCAUGGAAGCCGUCAUCACUUCUGUCGCUCAGUGUCCUCCUGUCAUGAGGCUUGUGUUCAAACAGCUUCAUAAACGAGUGGAGGAACAGUUUCCAGAACCAGAGAAUGAGGAUGUGAAGUAUUUGGCCAUCAGUGGGUUUUUCUUCUUGCGUCUGUUCGCUCCUGCCAUCCUGACACCCAAACUCUUCCAGCUGAGAGAACAUCACGCAGACACACGCACCGGCAGAACACUGCUGCUGCUCGCCAAGGCUCUUCAGAGUGUGGGUAAUUUAGGUCUUCAGUUGGGUCAUGGGAAGGAACAGUGGAUGACUCCUCUGCACUCCAUCAUUCUGUGCAGCGUCUCCUCUGUUAAAGAUUUCCUCGACAAACUUAUAGACAUCGAGUACGACAGCGUUAAAAGCCUCCUCAGCGUGGCUGUGUUCUUACCUUCAGUCACAGUGAAAGAAGGAUUAUGCAGAAAUACACGGAGAGGUCCACAGCUCAUCAAACGCUUGGCCUUUAGAAACGAUAUUCUGGCUGAGCUCAGGACGCUGUCCUACGCCAAGAGCUCUGACUGGCAGGUGCGCACUUCAAUACCCGUCCAGUGUGUGUGUGCUGUGGAGCGAGUGGAUGAAAACGCUUUUCAGCUCCAGAACGUCAUGCAGGUCGUAACACAAGAUACAGAAGGACGACUACAAACCACAUAUCUGCAAUGCAAGAAUGUGAAUGAUCUGAAUCAGUGGCUGUCAGCGAUCAGGAAGGUCAGUGUUUAUAAUGACAACAUGCUUCCAUCAUUUCACCCUGGAGCUUACCGCAGUAACAAAUGGACCUGCUGCUUACAGCCAGACGGCACAGCCGCGGGCUGCAGUCGGACUCAUUCUGCUGUGACUCUGGCUGACUGGAGCGACCCGCUGGAUCCUGAUGCUGAAACACAGAUCAUAUAUAAAGAACUUCUGCAGGGCCGAGACACGCUCAGGAAGAAAUACCUGGACACACAGGAAAUGGAAACAGCAGAACAGGAAGUGACUUCAUCAAAGACCAAUCGCCCGUCAUCAGUGUCUGUACAGGACCGUCGUGAACGUGCACGAGCCGUCGCCGCUCGUCUGCUGGAUGUUGUUUUGGAUUUAGAAGAAGCUCAUUCAUCCUUCAAGAGCCGAGAAACAGACGAGAGCGGUUCACUCAUUAUGAGCUCAUAGAGAAUGAAACUCCUCCUCCGACACACACACGAUUAUUACCGUACGCGCAACUAUAACAUAGAACUUAUGCAAUGCACUCAUGACACACGUCUUUAAUGAACACCGCUUCUGAAUGUCUGUGGAAUAAUGUGUAUGUUUUUACUCUGGAUGGUCUCUGGGGUGAUUUUUUAAAACUGAUGCUGCACUGUAGCUUUAUAAACCUGCCGUGUACAUGUGUGUGUGUGUGUGUUUAUCUUGCAGUAUGCAUGCCAUGGCAUUUGCUAAACAGCGUGACCCUGUGAAAAAAACCCACACAGAAUUUUUGUUUUUAGCUAUUCAAAGGGAUACUUCGCCCAAAAAUGACAAAUUUUGUCAUGAUUUACUCGCCCUCAAGUUGUUCCAAACCUGUAUAGAUGUUAUUGUUAUGUUUAACACAAAAUGAGAUAUUUUGAAGAACGUAGAGAAGCAAACAGUUCUGGGGCACUACCAUUUAAAUUUUUCGUAUACGAAAAAAAACAAUCAAUAUGCACAUUUGUCCUAUGGUGUGAUGGCAAAACUUCAGAAAAAAAACGAUGUAAUGAAGAUACUAUUUAAUUUUUUAUAUCCUUUAUAUUAUAAACAUUAAUAAUAUUAAUUAAUUAAUGUCACACCAUAGGUCACAUGUCCGUUUUAUUUGUAGGCUAUAUGAUAAAAAGUCCCUUACAGAAAACACAUGUGAUCACAUGUGAAAUGUGUGUUUUUGGAACAUUUUGGUGUGAAUUCCCACGUGAAACCCAUGGGAUAACAUGUAAAAACCCAUGGGAUAACAUAUGAAACCCAUGGGAUAACAUGUAAAACCCAUGGGAUAACAUAUGCGACAUGUCUCCACAUGUGAUCACAUGUUCUUCACGUCACCACAUGUUGCACAUGUCAUCCCAU